AUGGCAAAAAAAAGUAUAGCGUGGAAGUUCUUUGAUAUAAGCACGACUCCUCAUAUGAGUAAGUGCAAACUAUGUGAUAGUUUAAUUACGAGAGGAGGAAAAUCUUUCAAGUCUUAUGGAACUACAGCAAUGGUAAAACAUUUGCGUUUAAAGCAUUCCAAAGAGUUUGAACUUGCGGAAGAAAAAAAAAAGGUUCAAUCGUUGCCGUCUAUUUCUGAAGCCUCAGUUGCUUCUACCACCAAUACAGUACAAAGUAACAUUAUUCAGGCUUUACAAAAAAAAAAACAGUGGAAUAUUGAUGACCACAGAUCUAUUCGAAUCCAUAAAAUAAUAGGAAAACUUAUCACAUUGGAUAUUCAGCCAUUUUCUAUUGUUGAAGAUACGGGGUUUAAUGAACUGAUUAAAGAUGCUUAUCCCAAUUACAAAUUACCAUGUAGAACAUAUUUCAGCCAAAACGUAAUCCCUAGCAUGUAUGAUGAACUUUUUAAAGAUAUAAAAAUAAAAAUCUCCGCGGCAAACUAUUUGUCUCUGACGACAGAUAUUUGGACAGCGGAUACUGCAAAAAUCGCAUUUUUAUACAUUACUGGACAUUGGAUAGAUCUAACUAAAUUUUCCCAAGAAACUGCUGUUCUUCGAGUAAUUCAUUUUCCGGAAAAGCACACAGGUGUUCAUAUAAAAGAGUAUUUACAAAAAGGUUUAGAAACUUUUGAAAUCCCGUUAAGCAAAAUUCAUCUUAUUGUUACCGAUAAUGCAAGCAAUAUGAAGGCUGCAGUAAAAAACAGUGGAAUGUCAUCAAUUCCAAGCUUUAUCCAUACUUUGCAGCUAUGUAUUCAUGACUCUAUAUUUAGCCAAGAAAUCAUCAAGGAAAUUUUAACUUUAUGCAGAGGAAUAACGACACAUUUUAAUCAACCAAUAGCAUGUGCAAAAUUAAAAUCAAUUCAGCAGCAGUUAAGUACUGUACCUCACAAAAUGAAACAAGAUGUUCCAACUCGCUGGAACAGUUCAUUUGAAAUGCUACAAAGAACGUUUGAACAAAAGGUUUCUUUGGCCACCUAUUCAGCAGAAUAUGAUGAAAUUAAACUUCCUACUAAUUAUCAAUAG